CGGCACCACGCCAAACCUGCGCCCAUGAACCAUCGUUGACCGUUGUGGUUGCGCGAGGAAAGAAGAAACGUUGCCGAUCCCAUUCGCACCGCACACGCUGGCCCCAAGCCCCCGCGAUUCUUAGCCGUCAACUCCGCCAGCUGGCCUCGCAUCUGCCACCACGAUGAGGGCUGCGCUGCGCAGAGUCGCUCUGCUGCUGCUGGCCACGCUCACCGCCGUCGCCGCCGUCGAUGUGACGCUGACGCAAGAUGACCGCCAGAAAUGCUCGGGCAUGUACAGCAAGAAGUCGUGGGGUGGAAAGGUCGACCCGUUUAUCCUCGUCAAGUUCAUAAAGGACCCGGCCAAGAACGAGGGAAUCAAGGACCCCGUCGUCAGCGUCGUGGUGUGGGAAUGGAAGGACACGUUGCUGCUGGGCGCGCCCUCGGACCUGCCCGUCAACGAUGAAAACCGCCAUUACAUCUGCGACGACGAAUCCGUCAAGCUGAAGCUAUGCAACGCCACGCACAAGGGCGAGUGGGUGCUCGCCCAAGACGUCGACAACAUCUCGCAAAUGCACAUUCGCACCGCCGCAAUCAACUUGAACGACCCCAAGCCCAUCAACUACCCCGUCGCAAGCGGAGACAAGAAGAUGCCCAUAAAGACGGGAUACUAUUGCGUCGCCGCCGCCGCCCAGGACUCCCGCCUGCAGUACGAGGCCAUUGUGACUUUCCGCAAUGCCUACGGUGAGCUGCAGGCCGCCCAGAUCGCGAAGCUGCCCUUCUACGGCGGCAUGACAAUCGUCUACUUUGUCGUGUUGGCCUUCUGGGGCUUCUUGUACUUCCAGAACAGACACGAUAUUCUCGCGGUCCAGAACUACAUCACGGCGAUUCUGGUCUUCUUGGUCGUCGAGAUGCUCAUGACUUGGGGAUACUACGACUACCAGAACCGCCACGGCAACAACAUGGGCGCCAAGGCGCUGAUGAUUAUUGUCGCUGUCCUGAACGCGUUCCGCAACUCGUUCUCCUUCUUCCUGCUUCUCAUUGUGUGCAUGGGUUAUGGUGUCGUCAAACCUUCCCUUGGAAAGACCAUGACCAUUGUCCGCUGGCUUGCCGUGGCGCACUUCAUUUUUGGUGUCAUUUAUGCCGUCGCCUCGCUUACCAUCCGCCCAGAUGAUGCCGGACCUAUUGUGCUGCUUGUUAUCCUCCCACUGUCCGCUACACUCACGGCCUUUUACAUCUGGACUCUGAACUCGCUGAACCUGACUAUGAAGGACCUCAUGGAGCGCAAACAACAUGUCAAAGCCACCAUGUACAAGCGAUUGUGGUGGUGCAUCCUGACGAGCAUCAUUGUCAUCUUUGGCUUCUUCUUCAUCAAUAGCUUUACGUUUGCCGGUGCUUCGACCCCGGAUUUUGCGCCGACCCACUGGCAAACGCGAUGGUUUGUUCUUGACGGCUGGCUGAACCUGGUCUAUCUGGCCGAUGUAUGCUUUGUGGCGUACAUGUGGAGACCGACGGCGAACAACCGACGAUUCGCCAUGAGUGACGAGAUUGCGCAAGAUGAUGAAGGCUUCGAAAUUGCUUCGCUCAGAGACUCCAUGGACGAAGAGGAGGGCCGCUUGAACCAGCCUGAGUCGUACGACCCAGCGCCGAGGUCCAACAACAAUGCACGCGAUGCGUCACCUCUGCCUGCACCACAAGCGCAGAAGCCUAUUCAUCCUCCUAGGGAGAGUCUUGAUGGCGACACUAUCUUUGCUGUGGGUGAGGACGACAAGUGGAGUAGUGAUGGCGACGAGGAAAGCGACGAGAGUGAGUCGGAGGCUGGCAAUUCAAAAGGAGGUAAGGACGAGCGCUCGAGAUUGACUGGUAAAAAGGAUGACUAGGUGUUGGUUUCCCACGAGGAUGGCUGGGGUUUUAGAAGCUGUUAUUUUGGGCACUGGCGUUUGUUGGAAAGCGACACACAUCGCAUGGGUUAGCGGGUGUCGUGUAUUUUGUAUUGUAUGUCGGCCUUGGCAUAGCUGGCGUUCGCAAUUGUGCCUUGUUU